CCGAGCAGGGUUGGGGCGAGUGGACCGCGCCUCUAAAGGCGCUUGCCAGUGCAAUCUGGGCGAUCGCUUCCUGGUCCUCGCCUCCUCCGCUGUCUCCCUGGAGUUCUUGCAAGUCGGCCAGGAUGUCUCAGGCUGAGUUUGAGAAAGCUGCAGAGGAGGUUAGGCACCUUAAGACCAAGCCAUCGGAUGAGGAGAUGCUGUUCAUCUAUGGCCACUACAAACAAGCAACUGUGGGCGACAUAAAUACAGAACGGCCCGGGAUGUUGGACUUCACGGGCAAGGCCAAGUGGGAUGCCUGGAAUGAGCUGAAAGGGACUUCCAAGGAAGAUGCCAUGAAAGCUUACAUCAACAAAGUAGAAGAGCUAAAGAAAAAAUACGGGAUAUGAGAGACUGGAUUUGGUUACUGUGCCAUGUGUUUAUCCUAAACUGAGACAAUGCCUUGUUUUUUUCUAAUACCGUGGAUGGUGGGAAUUCGGGGAAAUAACCAGUUAAACCAGCUACUCAAGGCUGCUCACCAUACGGCUCUAACAGAUUAGGGGCUAAAACGAUUACUGACUUUCCUUGAGUAGUUUUUAUCUGAAAUCAAUUAAAAGUGUAUUUGUUACUUUAAAUAA